AUGAAUACAAAGAUUCUGUUGAGUUUAUUUAGUCUGUUUGGUGUUCUAUCUCCAACUGUAAAUGCUGGUCAAACUGACCCCAAAAGGUUGACAAACGACGACUUUCAAAAAUUCCAUGCAGAAUGCAACAAGCAAUAUGGAGUUGAAGGAAAAGAUCCUCUUUCAAUACCACAAGAUAUAGCAGAUGCAAUAAAAUUAUGUUAUUCAAAAAAGGUUGGAUUAUUAACCGAUGACAACUAUAUCAAUAAAGAUGUUAUACAAGAACUUAAAGACGUUGAAAAGUAUAACACAGAACUAGCUGAUAAUAUCGAUAAAUGUGUUACUGAUGAAAAAUUAACCAAAGAAAAUAUUACGCCGAAAAUUAAAUGCCUUACUGAGGCAUAUUUGUAUCAUGGACGAGCGUAUAAGGUUUAA